GCAAACGAUGAUCUCUCCUUCUGGCUAUCCAAUGAGACGACUGUGACCAAAUCCAGUCAGGCACAGGAAGAAGGAAGCACUGUUGUGAUGAAUGGUCCGUCACAGGUGUCACCACCACCUGUGGUGUCAUCUGCUGCCUCCAGACCAAAGAUCACUGUUGAAAAUAUUGUACUUACCUCCGAUGAAGAUGAGCAUGAAGAG